CUUAAAAGCUUGAGGACUUCCAAGGCAAUUUUAGGAAACUCAUUUUCAUGUUUUUUUGCCCUCCUUCUACUACUUUUUACUUUCUCUCCUGCCCCUCAGCCCCAUCGCCGUCCUCCUCCGGUGAACGCAGGCAGGUACGCCGCCUAAGUGCCGCCGUCGCGCCGCCACCACCCAGACCACGCCUUCUCUCCGCAUACUACCCAUCCUCGCCUUUCUUCGGUAAUGGGCAGCGGAAAAAGAAAAGCUCUGAAUCGCUGUUAGAGGAGAAUCGAAGCGUGUGAUGAAUGGCUUGUCACAGAUUUCGUCUCACAUAGAAGCGAUUCUUAGAAACAGCCAUUACAGAGCUCGGACUUGUCUGUACGGAGCUUAUUAUUCUUAUUCAUGGACCAGAACAAUCAGCUAUAAACCCCGCAUUACUGCCCUCACGCAGAACUCUGCUUUGACGCGAUUCGGUGGUUCUCGGCUUUACUCGAGAAAAGCCGGAAAAAGCAGCGAGAGCGCGCCUCCGUCGCGGCGGAAAUCGAAGGCUGAACCGGCAAUGGAGAGGGAGAAGGAGAAAGAGAAGGAGGCAUUCUAUGUUGUGCGGAAAGGGGACGUCGUCGGGGUUUAUAGAAGCCUGAAUGAUUGCCAAGCGCAAGUUGGUUCUUCGAUAUGUGAUCCUCCUGUAAGCGUGUUCAAAGGGCAUCGGUUGCCGAAGGAGACUCAAGAGUACCUUACUUCUCGUGGACUUAAGGAUGCAAUUUACACCAUUAGAGUUGAGGAUAUGAAAGAGGGUCUUUUUGGCCCCAUUGUGCAAUGCGCUUUGCCAGUCAAAGAAGUUCCAACAUCUUCAAUAGGUGUAACACCUUCCAAAGAUACGUCAAAAAAGAGAUCACAGCUGGUGGCUGGAUUAGAAACUGCGGAAGGAAUUGGUUAUAUUUCUGCGUCAACUUCCGAUCUCCCUAAUGUGCGGGACUCAUCUUCAUUGAGCAGUAAGUCCUGUUUUCUUAUGUUUGAUGGGGCAUCAAAAGGAAAUCCUGGAAGAGCUGGUGCUGGAGCUGUGCUUCUAGCUGAUGAUGGACGCAUGAUUUGUAAAUUGUGUGAAGGCUUAGGUGAAACUACCAAUAAUGUGGCAGAGUAUAGAGCCCUUCUUUUGGGGUUGAGAUAUGCGCAUAAAAAAGGCUUUAAUAGGAUCUCUGUCCUAGGAGACUCGAAACUUGUUUGUUUGCAGGUUCAGGGGUCAUGGAAGGUCAGAGAUGAGAAAAUUUCAAAGUUGUAUAAAGAGGUGAAGGCGCUCGAGAAUAAUUUUCUCUCUUUCCAGAUCAACCACGUUUUGAGGGACCGAAACAAGGAAGCAGAUGCUCAAGCAAACUUGGCUACCACACUUGCUGAUGGUGAAAUUCUAGAAGAAUAUUAAAUUUAGUCCAAAUAGAAACUUGCAGUCAGUCUUGCUGGUGAGGCUUUAAAGUCUCAUUUACCCUUUAAGCAGUUUCUUAUAUUGAGACAAUUUGUAAGGUUUAACAUGUUCUCAGCUGCAGAUGGUUGUAUUUUUUAGCAGUCUGACAAGACAAGCAAAUUGGUUGCCCGUGUUUCUAUCAGACGAUCUGUAGAAACAAAACCCAUUUUUGUAUCCUUGUUUACUGAUAUUAAACUCUUCAACACUUUA